AUGUACCGAAAUCCACCACCUCUUCGUUAUAUCUGCAAGGCUGGCAAUACCCCAAAACAACUUCGCAUCAGGAAUGCCGAAGGACAAUACGUUGGUACCGUGGCACACAAAGGGCGCUACCUCUCGGCCACCACACACUCCACUGCUCUGAAAAACACGACAUCCUCUCAACAUCAGGCUGUGUAUGUCGCUCUGGUGUAUCAUCCCCUAGUUUGUUGUUCGCCUCUUCACAUCCCAACUGAGUGCGAGACUCACUGGCGAGACAGAGGCUCUUUGAGAUAG